CUUUCCGGUUUGUCUGUGCGGUGCAGGUCACUCCCUCCGUGCUGUCAGCAGCUCUGCGCGGUUCAAACUUGCAGUCACACUGAACUAACUUAUCCUCCCGUCUUCUUGCAGGUUUGGACGUUUUAAGUAACUUUUUUUUUUUUUUUUUUUUUUUUUUUUUUUUUUUUUUUUUUUUUUAGAUAUGUGUUAAAGUCUGUGCUGCGGCCGUUCUGUGUUUUAGCUGUAAAGCAGCGGGGGGAAAUGUCCAGCUGAGGAUUGGAAAUCCCGAAAACCGCAGGGCCUGUGUUUGUAAUGAUUGAUCAAUGCUCCGACAAUGGCGCUAAAGGUACAAGUUUUAUAUGACUUCGCUGCUGAGGCUGGAAACAACGAGUUGACAGUGAAAGAAGGAGAAACACUUACUGUCACCAAUCAGAGUAUUGGAGGCGGCUGGAUUGAAGCACAGAACUCCAGAGGGGAGGUUGGACUGGUGCCAGAAGACUACAUCGAGUUCAGUAAGCCGUUACCAUCGUUCCCAGCAACUGCAGCCCCUACUCCGAGUGUAGGAAAUGUUGCAACACCAGACCUGUCCAUCUUUGAUUCCUUCGCUCCGGCAGCAGCACCUGCACAACACCAGGCUAGUAACGGUAAUGAUCCCUGGUCGGUGUGGAACGCGGACCCCUCAGGGGGCUCCAACAAUAACUGGGCGUCCAAUCCAGAGGGCACCCAGACUGGGAAGAGUCCCGCCGACCCAUGGAGCUCCACAUCCCAGGGCCACCCUCAGGCUUACCAGGGCCCAGGAGCGGAGGAUGAUGAGUGGGAUGAUGAGUGGGAUGACAUGAAGUCCACCGGAGGUUACGCCGAGGAAUCUGGAGAGAGUGGCGGGUUGCAGAGGGGAGCUCAUGCGCCUUCAAUGAAAAUCUCCCUGAACAAGUUCCCUGGGUUCUCCAAGUCCGGUCCAGAGCUCUACCUCUUAUGCAAGCAGCUCGCUAAGAGCAAAGAGAAGCUACCAAUCUAUGUAGGAGAAGUUGGUCCGGUGUGGUCUUACCCAGACACUCAGCUUGACUGUGUGGUGGCUGAUCCCAAGAAAGGCUCAAAGAUGUACGGCCUCAAGAGCUACAUCGAGUACCAAAUCACACCCAACACCACAAACCGACCUGUCAAUCACAGAUACAAGCACUUUGAUUGGCUGUAUGAGAGGCUUCUAGACAAAUUUGGGUCAGCCAUCCCCAUCCCGUCUUUACCGGACAAGCAGGUGACAGGGCGAUUUGAGGAGGAGUUUAUUAAGAUGCGUAUGGAGCGGUUGCAGGGCUGGAUGAUCAGGAUGUGCAGGCACCCCGUUAUUUCCAGCAGUGAAGUGUUCCAGAUUUUCCUCACCUACAAGGAUGAGAAGGACUGGAAGACGGGGAAGAGAAAAGCAGAGAAGGACGAGACGGUGGGUGUGAUGAUCUUCUCCACGAUAGAGCCUGAAGCUGCAGAUCUGGAUCUUGUGGAAGUGGAGCAGAAAUGUGAGCAGUUCAGCAGGUUCACCAAAGCCAUGGAUGACGGGGUGAAGGAAAUCCUCACCGUGGGCAACGAGCACUGGAAGAGAUGUACAGGACCGUUGCCAAAGGAGUACCAGAGAAUCGGCAAAGCCUUCCAAAACCUCUCGUCUGUCUUCAACAGCAGCGGAUACCAAGGCGAGGCAACCCUGACUGAUGCCAUGACGGCAGCAGGCAAGACGUAUGAGGAAAUAGCUCAGAUGGUGGCAGAGCAGCCCAAGAAAGACCUCCACUUCGUCAUGGAGACCAACAAUGAAUAUAAGGGUCUUCUCGGAUGCUUCCCUGACACCAUCGGAGUCCAUAAGGCAGCCAUUGACAAAGUGAAGGAGGCAGACAAGCUGGUGGCUGCCAGUAAAAUCACCCCUCAGGACAAAGUCACUAUGGCCAAACGAGUCAGCACCAUGUCGUACUCAUUACAAGCUGAGAUGAACCACUUCCAUAGCAACCGUAUCUAUGACUACAACAGGGUCAUGCAGUUGUACUUGGAAGAGCAAGUCAAGUUUUACGAGACGAUUGCCGCAAAGCUGAGACAAGCGCACAGUCAGUUCACUACAAUGUGAAAGCUACGACCUUCAGUCUCGCACUACGAGACCAGAAGAAUUAAACCAGCUCGACACCCAAAAUGUUCUUCCUUACACCGCGUUCUUUUCCCUCCCUUUAAUUUAAUUUUCACAUUUUCUUUUUUUCCCCCCUUACCUCAUCUCUUCCUUUACUGCUCAUGCCAACAGUCCCAGCUCCUUGUGUUUCUUUUGUCCACCACUCUCAGACGUUUAUGAACAGUUGAGGAGCAUGUGCAGCAGCUGAAAAGGCUUUCACACUUUUUGGGCCGAUAUGACAGCCGACCAAACACAUACACACACGUGUUGCACAACACUCUUUCCUCUGCUCAAUGUCUGCGGUUUGUGAGAUAGGAAGAUAACACCAUAUAUUGUACAUUGCAUUGAGUUACUCUAAUGUGACAAGUUUUGUACAGCUAUAGUUGCCAACAUGCCUGCUCUCACAUUAUAUAUCUACUUAUUUUUAAAGCAAUACUCUGCAGUUCUUUUUCAAUUUUCCAUGUAGAAAACGGUAAAGGAAAGGUUUUACACAUGUUGUCUGCACAGUGAUGUACUGACACCAAAAAACCAAAGCUGUACUCUCCUCUGUCAUUGGGGACUGCAGUGAGGGUGGAUGAUUUCUGAAUGCAGCAUUGUCAACCAAUCAGAGCUUUAUUGUCUAUUCCUCAGCCUGUAUUUUAAUUAUAUUUGCCUCGUAUUAGUGCUGUUAACAUUUGAGAGUCCUAACAUCUUCAGUAAAAGCAGUGGAGUAUUCCUUUUAUGAAUCCGUUGAGUCUUGGUAGAGCUGUCAAAGACAGUGUGUGUCCUCUGUAUGUCCACUGCUGGCAGUCCCUAACCCCCCCCUUCAUCCUGCACUUCCUCAGAGAGCUAACAGGAAGCUCCACCUCCUUCCAGUUUUUCCCCUUUGAGGAAAAUAGAAAUGGUUGCCCCCUCAGGCUGCGUACCUCACUCCUUCGGUUUACAUUUCAGGAGACGACAAAAUGUGGCAUAAAUGUUAUUCAAGUUGGGAUUGAUUAUUUUAAGUGUUAGCGAAAAGUCAAUGAAUUUAAAACCUCCCUUCCUCUCCCUCCCAGUUCUCCCGAAUAAUCUUUGUCCAUUUUUUUUUUUUUUUUUUUUUUGUUAAUCAGAUAAGGUUGUUUUAUAUAAAGAUGUAACGGCAACGUUAGCUGUAAGAAUAUGUACUAAAAGCUUGGGACGGAGCCGUGGAUUACGUCAUGUAUGCAGUUUUGCUUUUCACCACCCAGUUUUCAAUCAGUCUCUAAUCUUGUUCACUUUGUUUUCUUAUCACUUGAUACAUGAAAAAUAUACAUAAAUAUAUAUAUAUAUAUAUAUUCUAUCUACCCUAUCGGGUGCUUCUGGUCAUUGAGAUACUAUUUUAUGUAUAGGAGUAUUUGCAAUGCAGUGUAACUCAAAGAGAAGCAAAAAUUCCGUUUGAUUUAUUAAACAAUGAUUUGUACUCUU